CACAACCAGCCUUUUCAUCACAUUCACUCAAAAAAAAAAACAACAAAAUUGACGCCGCGACUAUAAACACUUAUUAUGUCGCGUAUGGAGCCAGAAAGCUGUAGUAGCGAGGAGCACUCAGUCUCGUCACGCAUAACACUCUUCAAUCAGCACGUGGAGCAGCACCAGCACUGGCAACAAAUCAAUCCCUUCUCCCACUACAAUGUACGUGAUAUACCUAAGCGGUACUUUCUGAAGGAGGAAUAUGGACGAGCACCGUCCGGUAGUCGUUCGGAGCAGCGAGCACUGCGGGCACAGGUGCAAUCCCUUGAGGAGAUACUGAAACUAUGCGAGGUAAUAAAUACGUCGGGCAAUUGUGAUGGGGAGGAAUUGGACGCGAAGAAGGUGGCGGCGUCGUUGAAGUUCGGCACGCUUUUCGAGCUUUAUAAUACCAUCUCAGACAAGCUGUUGGGCACUUUGUUGCGCGCACGCAAAUACAACUACGUGAUCUUUGACGGCGAGACGCUAUUUCAAGGUCGCGAUGAUGCGGUCCUCGUGAAACUACAGCGACCAUUCCACGACCUACGUGCCGAAAUCGUGUCGAAAAUUGAGAACUUGCGCCUCAUUGAGACAGUGAAGGAGACCGAGCAGCCGGCGCUACGCAACACUCACUUUUCAUAAGAACUAUAAGUAUAAGCAAUAAAAGCGAGUCGAAUGGAACAUCA